AUGGCGCCAACGGCUGAGCAAGACUCCAAGAGACCGGCCCGGGACUUGGAGGAAGAAGACGAGGUGGUAGUGGCCCAGCAGGACCAACAUAUGCACCACGCCGCCCUCAGUCCCCCGCAGCCGAAGCGCCGCCGAGUCGCGGACAGCGUUCGGGUCCGCGCGGCACGGGCGUGUCAGCGCUGCGAGUUCACACCGGUGACCGCCGGGUUCACGGCCCCGACGAGCUCGUACUCGACCAAGCAACGCGCCCCGCAUGCACCCUCGGGCUCGGUGAAGUCCAUUGGGGAGAGUAGCAACGGCGGCGGAGGCGGCGGAGAGGAUGUCCGGUCUGAGGAGAGGGUCAAAUGCCUCGAGAGUCUCGUGCAGCACCUCCUUGGGGACGUGCCGAUGGACCUAAGCAAUCUGCGGCGCAUGUCGGACAAGGUCAGGCAGAGGGCCGCGCCAGCGAGCGACGUGGGAGAGGAAAGGCCUGAGCCUGAGUACCUCGAUGACCUGACGCUAGAGGACGAGAACUUCACGGUCAAGACGCUCUCUCAGAGCAUAGCACACUAUUCCGGCGAGUUCUCGCACUGGAACUUCUCCCAGAAGCUCCGCCGAAGACUCAGCCAGUGCCUGGACUCGGACAUCCCAAUCUCAUCAGCCAGGCUGGACGCCCGCGACGCGAGGAACCUGCCCCACGCGCCCGGCCGAGGUGCAGCCCCGCCACCCAGGAAGGGCAUGAAGAUCCUCGAGUACUGGCGCGCAACCCAGCUGCAGUCACACAAGUCGCUGGUGCAGAGCGUCAUAAGCUGCCUGCCGCCGCGGGCCGUCGCCAACUUCCUCGUGCAGGUGUACUUCCGGCACGCACAGGUCAACUGCUUCUACGUGGAGAAGUCGUGGCUGCGCAAGAAGCUCGAGUUCCUGUACGAGGCCCCCGGCCACGUCAACAGCGAGGACUCGGCAUGGGUGUGCUCCGUGCUCAUGGUGAUUGCCAUCGGCACCCAGUUCGCGCACAUGGCUGCCGGGCCUCCCGAGGACAACCUGUCUGAGCCUGAUGGUGGUGAGAGGGACGGGCAGAAGACGCCGAGCGGGCCUGCUGACACGGAUUCGGACGUCGGCGUCACGUUCUACCAGAUGGCCUCGAAGCUCAUACCGGAUAUUAUCACCAUGGCUUCGAUGGAGAGCGUACAGGCCUGCCUGCUCCUGGCUCAUUAUGCCCUGCCGCUCGACACGCAUGGUUUGGCGUACACUUACCUCGGACUCGGAAUCAAGAUGGCUAUCCAGAAUGGGAUGCACAGGAAAUAUGCCGGCAAUGAUCUGGACACUUGGACCAUCGAGACUCGCAACCGGCUGUGGUGGACCGCGUACACGGUAGAGAGACGUGUGAGCGUGCUGCACGGCCGGCCGGCCUCCAUUUCCGCGACUGAGGUCGACGCAGAACUGCCCAAAGAUCUGCACGAGUUCCGAUCGCAUGACGAGAUUUCCAGAUUUGCCAAUAUGUCUGCUCUGAUAGACAUGACUACGCGGUUGGGCGAGGUAGCAAAUGCCAUCACACUCCUCCGACGAUGUCCAAGGAACCUCCAACCAACAUACUUCGAGCGCAUAGUGGUGAUAUGCCAGGCCCUCCACGCCUGGUGGUCCACUCUCAGCCCAGACGUCCAGAACCCAACCCCAUCCUCCCCAAACUUCCGCUCAAACGCCCACCUCAAGCUCUGCCUCUACCUCAACGACAUCUUCGUAGGCCGCCCCUUCAUCUUCUCCCAGACAACCACAGGCAUCACCCCAGAGGCGACCGCGUCCUCCCCAGAACAAACCCGCCGCCCCAACGAUAACCCCUCGUCUGGCAAGUCGCCCUCACCAGCGCCCCAUUCCAUCCCCGAAAGGCCCCGUAACCGCGCCGCCCUCGUCGAGCGGGCAGUCGAGGCGGCGAUAAGCACCAUAGCGCUGCUCCGCACGCUCCACGAGACGACGGGGCUCGCGCGCUCGAGCUACACCGAGUUCAGCUCGUGCCGCGCCGCGCUGCUGGUCAUGCUGGCGCAGUCGGUGGUGGCGCCCGCGCCCGGCACCCAGCAGACGCAGCAGCAACAACCCCAGCAGCAGACGCGUCUCAAGGCGGCCGUCGAGAUGGGCAUGAAGCUCAUCCGGCGCAUGGCGGCCGGCAACAACGUCUCCACGCAGAGCGAGGCGAGCAUCAUCGAGGCGCUCGAGACGGCCGUGCGGAGGCUGCACGCCAUGCAGGACGCGCGGGGCGUGGCUGGGGGCGUGGCAGGCGAGGGCCGGGGGGAGACGUUUGUGGAGAUUAAUGUCCGCGGGGAGAUGGACGUUGGGAAGACGGGGUAUGAGAGGUUCAAGGAGUGGGCUUCGAUGUGGCCCGCCACUGCAAUCGGUGGCGGUGGCGGUGGCGGUGAGCCGCAACAGCCGCAACGUCAGCAUCGGCAUUUGCCGGGGGACGAUCCCAUGGGCGGCCCGAAGAGGCUGGACGGCAGGGCGCAGGACAUGGCUACCGUGCCCUCGCCUUAUCCUGGGAUGCCAUCGGGUCCCGGUGUCCAGGGCCCGCCGCCCGAGCUGGUUGACCACAGUCCGGACUCGGCUAGGUGGAUGGCCAUAAUGGACAAUGCCGGGCUCAGGAUGGAGCAGCUGGAUGAUUUGAGCCUGUUUGGUGGGUUUCCUGAGCUGGGGGCGUUGGAUGGGUGGCCGGGGCUUAUUUGA